UACCGGCAGAGUUCACUCGGCGCCGUCAGAGGCAACACGCGCGCUUGUACAGUGCCUUCCUCUUACCGCAGCUCCUUCCUCCUGUCGCUUGAAACCCGUUGAACUUGAGUGAAGGCUUUCAGAAAACAGAUAAACUGAACUAAGAAACAGUGCGUGAGCUUGUGACGAAUAUUUUUUUUAAGUACGGAUUGGGUGCUACUGCGGCUCGACUUCAGAUGGUGAAGAUGGAGACGGCGGCUGAUCACGGAGACAAGGGAGGUGGACGUGUGCUGGUGGGCGUCGCUGGAGUGUUCUUGGCAGCCUCCUUCCUCUUCAUGCGCGGCCCAACCCAAGACACUGUUCCUGUCACGCCAGUACCAGCCCCUCUUGAAUAUGACCCGUGCUGCUCGUACCCCUGCCAGAACCUGGGUGUGUGUCUCACCCUCCCGGCCCACAACUACACCUGUGACUGUACCGGCACUGAACACUAUGGCUCGCACUGUGAGAUACCGACGUGGCGGGCCUGGUUGAAGAAGACUCUGAAGCCUGACCCAGAGACCGUUCACAACCUCAUCACCUCCAAGAGCCUCUUAUGGGGCAUCCUCAACAGGAUCCCAUUCAUUCAUAAGCAACUCAUGACCUACGUCUACACCUCUCGCGGGGACCUGGUAGACUCACCGCCCACCUACGAGAGCGAGCACACCUACAUCACCCUCAAUGCUUAUUUCAACGAGAGCUACUAUGGUCGCGCCCUUCCUCCUGUCCCUACACACUGCCCAACUCCUUUUGGUGUCAAAGGACCUAAGGAAUAUCCCGACGUAGACGAGUUGAUCAAGAAGGUGUUCAUGAGGCGGGAGUUCAUACCUGAGCCUCACGACACCAACGUCCUCUUCCAGUACUACGCUCAGCACUUCACGCACCAGUUCUUCAGGACAGACUACAAAAAGGGACCUCACCUUACCAAGGGAUCUGGAGGUGUUGACGUGUCUAACAUCUAUGGGCUGACGGAGCAGGACCGCCAGGCGCUCAGGUCCGGUGUCAAUGGCAGGCUUCGCACACAGAUAAUAAACGGAGAGGAGUUCCCGCCUUACCUGAAGGACGUUCCCGGCAUCACCAUGGACUAUCCUCCCAAUGUACCCAUCCCAGAGGAGGCUAAAUUCGCCCUUGGACACCCAUUCUAUGCCCUCCUACCCGGACUCUUCGCAUAUGCAACCAUCUGGGUUCGUGAGCACAAUCGGGUGUGUGGAGAACUCCUCAAACUUCAUCCAGAUUGGGAUGACGAACGCCUCUACCAAACUUCUCGUCUUAUUAUCAUUGGUGAGGUAAUAAAGAUCACCAUUGAGGAUUACGUCCAGCACCUCAGCCAGUACAACUUGCGUCUGAGCUUCGAGCCGGAACUGACCCAUGGCACCAACUUCCAGUACCAUAACCGCAUCCACGCCGAGUUCAACCACUUGUACCACUGGCACCCACUGAUCCCCGACACGCUGCAGGUGAACGGAACAGACUACGCCAUCAUGGACAUGGCGUACUCGACGGCCCCGGUAUUCAAGCACGGCCUGGACGCCUUCAUCCACGGCAUGAUCACCACCCGAGCAGGAGCGCUGACAACAAGGAAUCACGCUCAUGUGCUGUACCCAGUCCUGAAGAAGGUUAUAGAAAAUGGUCGAGAGCUGCGGUUCCAGGGACUUAACGCCUACAGGAAGAGGUUUGAGAUGAAGCCUUUCACAAGUUUCCAGGAACUGACUGGAGAUACCGAGCUGGCUGCGAUCCUGGAGGAGAUGUACGUGGACAUUGAUGCAGUAGAAUAUUAUAUCGGUCUACUAGCAGAGCGCCCCGGACCCUCAGUGACGCCCCUGACCAUGGUGAAUAUGGGUGGACCCUGGAGUGUGAAGGGCCUCCUGGCCAACCCCAUCUGCUCUCCACGGUACUGGAAACCCUCAACCUUCGGCGGCGAGGAAGGCUUCAACAUCAUCAAGACGGCCACCUUGGAGAAACUCUUCUGCCUCAACAUGCAGACUGGCUGCAAGCACAUCGGCUUCACAGUUCCAGCCGGCACACCUUAGCAUAUUACAAUUAAUUAGGAAUUAACAAAUUAUCUGGAUUAUUUCUACAAGUCAUUCCCAAAGUAAACAGUUCCUUAUUGUAUGGUUAAGGUGUUGAGUUGAGGAAGAAAGACGUGAGCUCCCAAGUUAAUUUAUAUUUGAAUAAGUGAGUGCUUACCUCAGUGAUAGCUGAAGCACAAGACUGUGGCUGAACCAUUGUCGUUGCCAGUGUCUAAUGACUCAGUCUAAUUGUAAUAUUGAACACGGCAGGCACCCCUCCCCCCCUCUCCCUCCGUGACAAGAGGCCAAGUUCUUUAAAACAAAUUAGGUUAUAUAAUGUCCCCCCCCCCCAGCCUUCUUCAGUAAUGUCAGCCACUCCCCAGGUUACUGCCUCACUGACGUCGUCUCAGACUUAAGUUAUUUGCUGUGUAUACGAGUGUAAAUAGCUGUAAGGUCGUGUGUAUGGUGUUAUUUAUACUGAACUGCUGCUAGUCACCAGUUACCGUGAUAAAUGUGGGACCAGGCACCGUCAACUAGUUCAAGAGGCAGGCGGGCCAGCUCUGCCUCCUCCCUGCCUCUAUCUGUGAAGAGUUCAAGAGGCAGGCGGGCCAGCUCUGCCUCCUCCCUGCCUCUAUCUGUGAAGAGUUCAAGAGGCAGGCGGGCCAGCUCUGCUUCCUCCCUGCCUCUAUCUGUGAAGAGUUCAAGUGGCAGGCGGGCCAGCUCUGCUUCCUCCCUGCCUCUAUCUCUGAAGAGUUCAAGAGGCAGGCGGGCCAGCUCUGCUUCCUCCCUGCCUCUAUCUCUGAAGAGUUCAAGAGGCAGGCGGGCCAGCUCUGCUUCCUCCCUGCCUCUAUCUCUGAAGAGUUCAAGAGGCAGGCGGGCCAGCUCUGCUUCCUCCCUGCCUCUAUCUGUGAAGAGUUCAAGUGGCAGGCGGGCCAGCUCUGCUUCCUCCCUGCCUCUAUCUCUGAAGAGUUCAAGUGGCAGGUUUGUUAGCCCUGCCUCUUGCCAAUGAAGAAAUCAAGAGGCAUGUGGUUCUAGCUCUGCCUCUAUAAAGUCCAUGAAAGUUGCGCGAGUUUCUGUACAUAUUUGUGUACGUGUCAAGAGUAUGUAUUUUUGUAAAUUUUAUAAAUAUUCUUUUUAGGUGUACAUAUCGUGAUCUCAUGUAAAGCAGGAAACAACUUUUUCAUAUUGAAAUAAAUAAUAUUAA